AUGGCGUACGACGGGUACCGCAGCUCGUUCGAUGCGCCUGGUUUCAAUCCCAAUACCACCAGCAGCACCAGCAACAACUACGGAGCCAACAGCAACGGUAGCAGUGUCAAUAGCAAUAUCAACAGUAACAAUCGCCCGAAUGCAGCGUAUCCUGGCUUCCUGCAGCCAUCGUAUGGAGAGUAUCCAGUCGAGCAGGAUACACCACCAGCUGCGCUUCCCCCGCCACCACCACCACCACUACCGCAGCCACAGCCGCAGCAAGCACCAUACCAAGGAACAGACUAUCACGAGCAGUCGACUUUCUAUCCCCCACCUACUGGCCAUCUUCCCCAACACGGAGAUGCUCUGAAACAACCGUUUUCAACCACGGCUCCACGGCCGGGACCAGUACAGCAGCCGCCACCUCCCCCGGUACCUGACCCAAACUAUCCAUCGCCAGACCUGAUAGCACAGGUCACAGCAGCAGUUAUACAACAGCUUAGGGCCGCGAAUACAGUAAACGUUCCUCCUCCCCCGCCGCCUCCUCAACAUCCUUCACAGCAAGGCUACCAGCCUCCAACUCCCGCUCUAUCGAGUUCAAGCUACAACAGACAGAGUCCGAACCCGAAUGCUCUCAGUCCCAGUGUCACCACAAGCCCGAACAUACCGCUUCCACCCCCUAAUUCAGGACAACCUGACCUCUCUAAUGCGCCAACUCAGUCAACUUAUCCUCCCCCUAUCCCGUCCAAGGUUGAUGGAAAUGCGUACAACAGCUCCAAGGCACAAAAUCAUGACAGUGCUCAUCCACCACCCACUUCUCCCGGCGUAGAGAAAGCGAGAGGUUCUUCUUUCGGCUUGUUUAAUAGCGCUCAGGAAGGCAAUACCCGUUCCAAGGGGCCCUCCAAGCUUUCGACGGCCACGGACGAGACUACAUUAGAGAAGAUAUGGGGGACACUUUUUGAUAAGGAUGAUUUGCCUACCAGUCGGACCGGGCAGCUCUUGCGGGGCAUUGCGCUGCAUAUGAUUGAAAACUAUCCACCCGGCAAUACUCUGGUCAUCACGUCCGAGAAAAUGCAAAAGUUUUACAGUGACCACAGUGUACCUUCAGACACAUACCCAUGGCAAGAGCACCACCUCAUCCAAAACGAGCUUGAUGAGCGUCCCGACCUUCCCGGCCUGACUCCCCGCGGCUUUGAACGCUGGAUGUCAAUGAUGAUUCAAGCACAUCCAGAGCGAGAGUUCGAGCGCCUUCAGUGUGUUGUGCAGAAUAUGCCUAUCAGUAACCCAGAUGAUAAAAAGGAACGGUUCCCCAAAGAAAUACCCAGGCGACUGUUCCCGAAACUAGCAGAUUAUGAUAUCAAGGAGACCCUUGAUCGAUGGAUUAUUACUCACUGCCAUGUCGAAUUAAUGCAGGGUAUGCUCGGAGGGCCUGGUAUACGCCAUCCUCGCGCCAAGUCAAGCGUGGAUAAUACAUCGACCGGUCUUCCAUCACGGCCGGGAAGCACAGAUAUACGGCAUAAACAGUUUCCACCACCCGCUACAGUCGAGGAUGCCCCUGAUGAAGAUGAUGACCAUGUUAUCGUUGCUAGCGCUAACACAGAGGCGCCACCAGUGCAGCCCAUCGAACGGGAGCGCAAACCAUACAGCAUGUCAGGAUGGAGCAAAGGGCAUCGAGAGGACACGAGCCCACAUCCUACCACAAGUACUACCGCCAGUACGAGCUCACGCCACCCAGACACCAGUUCCGGAGUUAAUUCUAACAGGAAACAGCACGUUGUCGUCUACGACGCCGAUGAUGAUAAUGAUCUGUUGAGUUCACGCUCAGAUAUCGACUCCAAGUACUCUACUUCCCAUCACGGACAUGCACACGCACAUCCCCAUUCCCACUCGCAUGGACAUUCAAAUACCUAUGAUGACUCUAAGCGGCAUCAUGGGCGGGACAGAGAUAGAGACAGAGAUCUGGAUUGGGAAGGGGACAGGGACCGUGGUCGAAGGUCAUGGGGCAGCGAUGAGGAGUUCUACCGCAGUCCAACCUCAGAUAGGGAUAAAGGGAGGAGGAGAGGGGAAAGUCGAGGCCAUUUAUCCAACUAUGAUAAGUUUUGGGAAUAUCAGUAG